UUAUUUUUAUUACACAUCAUUUAUUUGAAGACGCUUUUAGAUUUUAUCGCGAAUAGUUUAUGUGUUUAGUCGUUAGACAUGUACGUAAAUAAGUAAUCAGCGUCACAUGUGUGCGAUUUAUUGUUCAAUGUAUAGUCUGACAGUAAUGUGUUUUUUUAUAGUGCUCAUUUCCUGACAGAGCUCGAUAUCUUACCGCGAAGCAUAAAUAAGCGAUAAGACACAUAUGACUUUGACAUCACACACGCAUUCAAUAUUAUAUUGAUGCUGCAAAAUUCAGAGCGCAAGCUUUGCAGCUGAUUCAUACGAAAUUAAUCGAGCUCUAUAUUUUUGUUUCCGUUAGUUAUAUUAUUCUUUCCAUUCGUAUUCGUAUUAGCAAACGUGGCGUUGUCUAAAAGCCCAUAAAUUGUUUUAACUUUUUCGCACAGUAAUAUUCAUAAUCCCUGAAAAAGAAAAUAAAUCACAGUGAAAUGUAUGCGAUACUCUUCUUUAUUUUGCUGCGAUUUAUUUCUAAUACUAUUGCAGGAGACAGCGAUUUUGUUCGCGACUAUUUUGUGCACAAGGCAGUGCGAAAUGUCGUUGGAUUCUCAUGUGGAGAUUUCACGAGUGAUUUUCAUUUUGUAAAAUCGUUGAGUAGGGCCGGUAUAUUUACGAUCGUCAGGAAACAUGAUAACAAUAUCAACAUGCGACGAUUCUUGAACACCGAGACCUGGGGCUUAGGGAUUGUCGUGGACUUGCGUUGUCACAACGAAAGUGCCAUGAGCAUCUUUGCCGAGACUACCAAGUAUCGCAUGUACGAUUAUGCAUAUCAUUGGUUGGUCCUGGGGUCGAAGCUGAAUGAUAGCGUGCCUCUGGUAAAUGACAACGCUUUUAGCAUAAUCACCGAUUUCGCGCUCGCGAUAAAGAACGGCGGCGAUUACGAUCUGUACGACGUUUAUAAUCAUUGCAAAUAUCGCGGUGGUACAUUGAAUGUGACGAGAUUGGGCUCGUGGCGACGAGAAAGUGGUCUUGCCAUCACUCUCACUCAACCACUGAUCCAGAGGAGAGCCAAUAUGCAUGGCAUGACGCUGAAGAUAUCAGGCGUGAUACAAUAUAGGCCGAAGAAUAUGCGACUGGAGGAUUAUAUGCACGAUAUCAAUACAAGAUCCUUGGACAGCAUGCAUAAAUUCACGUAUGCGAUGAUAUCUCAUACCGCCGAUCUCUUUAAUUUCAGCGUAUACGCUUCGGAGAUAGUUUAUUGGGAUCGUCACAGUGUACACGGCUUGAUAUUCGAGAUAUUACAAAGGAAUUACAUCGAUUUCGCCAGUAAUCCCAGGAUUAUGGUAUCCGAGAGAUUGGAUUACGCCACCCUCAUCGGCGCGGCGUGGCCGAUUCGACCCUGUUUCAUGCUGCUGUCCACUACGUCGAGCAAGAUUAAGCUCGGGAUCUUCCUGAAACCGCUCGCCUUUCAAACUUGGUACUCGUGGGGAUUAUUUAUAAUAAUCUUCAUAUUUGUAAUGAGAAUAAUAAUGAAACGUGAGGAAGACACUAAGCAAGAGAAAUAUUCGAGCGUUAUGGUUCUCACUAUCGGCAUUCUCGCUCAACAAGGUGCAAAUUUCUUCCCCAGGGGCAUUCCAAGUCGUAUCGCUCUGCUGCAGAUCACCAUCUUCAAUUGGAUCAUGUAUAAUUAUUACUCUGCUAGUAUAGUGUCGGCUCGUUUGAGCGAACCACUCGACAUGAUGGAGGAUUCCGUGACGGUUCUCGCGGAUAGCAAUCUAAGAAUCGCCGCGGAGGCUGUACCAUAUUUAAAUUACUUCCUAUACAAACUCAAGGGGGAUUCGGAUUACUUCAGGAAGAAACGCUGGGAUACAUUGCCAGAGUCGAAGAGAUACUUGCCUGUAGAAGAAGGUAUGAAGCAAGUCAGUCAAGGUAUCCUGGCUUAUCACACGGAUCCCAACACGGCGUAUCCCUACGUCGAAAAUUUCGAGCCGAGCAAGAUCUGCGAAUUGACAGAGAUCCAUCUGUUCAAGCAAUCCGUCAUGGGGAUGUACGCCAGUCACAACGGUCAAUUCACUGAGGUGGCAAAACUUGGAUUGUAUAAGAUGUUUAACACUGGUUUACGCGAUCGUCAGAUAAAAUAUUGGUCGAGCAGGAAGCCUCAGUGUCAGCUCGAUACGUUGUCCACGAGAAGCAUAACUAUCCAUGAGACAGCUCCGGCUUUGAUUCUGUUAGCUCUCGGUACGCUUAUUGGAAGCGGAAUAUGCAUCGUUGAGAAUAUCGUUUACUAUCGAUCCAUAAGAGAGAAAACGUUGAGACGAUCGAUGAUAAACAAUGACGCAGAGAAGAUAGCCGGUACGAGCAAACACAAUUUGCUCGAAUAAAAUUGUCUCGCUUUGAGAAGUAAAAUAUUUACAAGUCGGUCGUGUAUUAUAGUUGGUUCAUUCAUUAGUGUCUCGUUAUCGUUGACUUAUUUUAUGCUGAGAAAAGAAGAACAGAAGACAGAUAGAUAUGGCACGCUAUAAAUUGUAAUUUCUCUUUAGUCGUUGUAAUAUUUUGCUGUAAUAAAGUCGUAGAUUCGCUUUA